AGUUUCCGUUAACCUUUCAACGACAACGAGAUAAUAUAAGGAUCCUUGAUUGGAAUAUAUUCAUAAUUAUAAUGCUUAUUUUCGGUAUAGGCAGUUCAAUUCAUACAGAGACAUUUUCAUUAGUUCCUUAUAGCUUUUAAGAUGAAUGGUGGUUAGUAAAUCAUCCAUUUCUAACAAGGUCAUCAUUCAAAUGGCGGGAUGUUCAUGGAUUUGCUAGGUACCUAUUCUUACAUUUUUAGCAUCUCGUUAUUUUCCUAAAGUAAUUAAGACAUCCCUGAAACCCGAAAAAUAAUAAGAUGGGGUUAUAUGGAUUAAGAGAAAAAUAAGAGGCAAGAAAAAAAAAGUGAAAAUAUUUCAGUCAAAUAAUCAAACAAUACAGCUUACGGCUCGGUAAGCGUUUACAUCCUUCCUAAUUAGGCGGGCCAAGACCAGGUAUCUCCUCUUGGGAGCUGCUUUGCCUCAAAACAUCAUCCUCACGUGGAAUGGCGUGCUUCUUUAUACAGUAGGCGAAUUCCUUUAUAUCCAAUGUCACCUUCUUUCGCAGAAACGGCCUACGUUGUUGAUUAGGGGAAGAAGGGUUUCGUAGCUAACGAAUUAGUCCGCGAUAGCUCAAGGACCAAGGUAAUUAAUUACCUAGUACCUAGGUAACUAAACAAACUCGAGAGAUGGAUGUCGACGCCGAGAAGAAUGUCUCGCCCCCGGUCUUCAAUAGUGCGGAGCACGCGCCCGUGGUCGAGGACCAGCUGCGAAGGUCGCUGUCGCCGCGACAAGUCCAGAUGAUAGCCAUCGGGGGCACUAUCGGGACAGGUCUGUUUUUAGGUACUGGAAAAGCGCUGGCGACCGGUGGUCCGGCAUCGUUGCUACUAUGUUAUGCUAUCGUCGGGGGAAUCGUGUUUGUCACGAUGUUGUGCCUAGGCGAGAUGGCUGCGUUUGUUCCAGUGGCCGGAUCAUUUUGCACCUUCUCUGCGCGUUACGUAGAUGACGCAUGGGGGUUUGCGCUUACAUGGAACUACUGGUUUAACGACGCCGUAUCUACCGCUGCAGACCUAGUUGCUCUACAGUUGGUCUUCCAAUAUUGGACUGACAGCUUCCCGUGGUAUGCGCUUGGGCUGAUUAUAUGGUUCCUAAUCGUUCUAGCCAACAUCAUUAACGUACGAGCCUACGGCGAAGUCGAGUACUGGUUGUGCCUCCUGAAGGUGGUCACCAUCGUCAUCUUCAUAAUCCUGAGCAUUGCGGUAAAUGCGGGCGGGAACACGUCGCAUGAGUAUAUCGGCGCACGGAAUUGGUACCUCCCUGGAGCUCCCUUCGUAGGCGGCAUCGGCGGUUUCGCCAGCGUAUUUGUGACCGCUUCUUUCGCGUACGGUGGAACCGAAUCAAUCGCUAUUACGGCAGGCGAAACGAAAGACCCGGCGCGUCAACUACCGCGAGUCGUCAAGAACGUCUUCUGGCGAAUAUUAUUCUUUUAUAUAUUAUCUUCUCUCAUGAUCGGCCUCAAUGUGCCCUACAACUAUCCGGGUUUGAACUCUAAGGAGACACGUACCUCCCCUUUCACCAUCGCUUUCCAGAUGGUCGGAUCUAAGGUGGCCGGUUCUUUUGUGAACGCUGUCAUCUUGACCAGUGUUGUUUCAGCCGGGAAUCACGCUCUAUUUGCUGGUUCAAGGCUGCUCUACACACUGUCCGUGAAUGGCCACGCGCCUAAAGUAUUCGGCCGCCUGACACGUUUUCAGGUACCCUGGGUUUCCGUCCUUUUCACAUCAUUCAUCUCGGGAUUGCUUUUCGGCGCAUCCUUCAUUGGGGCGGGACAGCUAUGGACUUGGCUACAGAAUCUCGUCGGCGUCUCGAACCAGCUGUCCUGGAUUAGCAUCGGUAUCGCCUCGUUGCGUUUUCGGGCUGGAUUGAAAGCCCAGGGCAAGGAGCAUCUUCUGCCUUUUAAAAAUUGGACCUACCCAGCAGGCCCGAUCAUCGCCAUCGUCCUCAAUAGCUUUAUCGUCCUUAUCCAGGGAUGGAGCUGCUUCAGUCCCAAAUUCAGCGCUGUCGAUUUUGUCAGUUACUAUAUCGAGUUACCCCUAUUCGCCUUGAUGUUUGUUACUUGGAAAUUGGUCAAGAGAACGAAAUUUAAGCGGGCGAGCGAGAUGGAUUUGGUUACCGAUGUAUAUACGAAGGACGAUUUCGAACCGGAUGAGGCAGGUUGGACUGGAAGAGCGAAAAGGGUUGGUGGUUGGUUAUGUUUUUAAACAUUACUUAGGCGCCUACUGUCAUGUUUUCAGUGGUUUUGAAGAAUAUACCCAUCUCUUAUUUGGAGCCAACAGAGUUUUGUUUUUAUUCAUUUUUUUUUAACAUACACAGGUAUUUUUUAUUUUCAUCGCCACGAAGAAAAUCGAUAUGUCGUAACCAGUUGAUAUGAAAUCAUCAUACCUAAAUAUAUAGUACAUUUUACUUAUUCAUAAAAUAUCAACUAAUACACAAUUACUAACAUGAA